AUGGCUGAGCUCCGCAAGGAGAAUGAAGCUCUCAGCAAGGCUCGUGGCUCGCAGUCGAAGAAUGAACAUAACGCGACUCUAGCUCUGACAGGGAGGAUCUGCAGCAAGCAGGAGCUGGGUGCUGGACAUUGCGGUUGGAGAAUGCGAGUUUGCAAGUGCCCCAUGUUUCCGAUGCUUGUUACAUAUUCGCUCCAUGUUCGUGGGCUACUGUCGCAGACGAUCCAGCACACUUGGGCAGGUGCGUUUGCGUACUUCCUGGAAGUGCAGCUUCAGGGCCACGCCGAGAAGUUAUCCUCUCAGUACGUAUCAUUGUCUGGUAGCGUUGCUGAAACACGAUCUCUCGGUCUGUCGGCCUGGAAGGCGCCGUACCGAGACUUCACCGCCCUCGGAACGUCCGGUGUUCGCGAAUUCCAGCCUUCUGCCUCUCGCCGUGGAAAUUCCGAGACGUGGAUAGUGACUGUGGCUUGCCUGUGCAUUCCGAGGUUAACCGUAGGUACGGACUUUGCGGAGGAGAAUCUGCAGGUGUCGGCAUUUCUGAAUGUGGUGGAUCCUUCCGCUUCGGAGGCUGCGCCUGCGGCAAAACUUCUCGGGACGGGAGUCUUGCCCCUCCAAGAGUUGAAGGUGCCCGGAUGUUGGGAGCGGGCAUCUCCACAGGCAGACGCUUUAUCUCAGAUUCCCAUGCUUGGCUCGAGUGUGGUGGAGCUGUUGGGUUUCAAGCAUUACUGGUGUCAGCAAGUUGGUCAACACUGCGCAUGGCAGCCCGUCAUUACGUGA